UUUUUUUUAUUUUGUACUUUGAGAGUCUAGAAAUGCAAAAAAAAUUACAUUUAUUAUCUCCUGGUGCCGUAUAUAUCUUUAUAUUCUUUUUGGGGUGUAUUUUUUUCAGCCUGUUCAUCUUUCUCUAUUGCCUAUAACAUUUUCUUUGAUUGCUAAACAAGGUUAUGACUUCCAGCUAAUCAGUUUUGUGAACCCGUCAUAUUUUUCCCCUUGGAGUGAUGUAGUCCAAGUUCAAACUACAAAAAUAGCCAAACGAGCUGAAGAAUGACACUCUGCGAUCUGGGGGGAGCGUGGCAUGACAUGUCUCAUUCACAUUAACAAAAAACAAACAAAAAAAAACCCCAGUCAAAACAAGUUGCUCCAAAACCUCAAGUCAGAACAGACGUAAAUGCACUGUGGUUGUGGAGCUACUAUAACCAGGAAUUCAGACCAGAUCAGUUCUACUUUAUAUAGACCAUAAGUGAAUCAGCUACAUGUGAAAAGAAAGAAUUUAAAAGCAUAUGUAAACUUUAAAUUUAUAACCCUUCAGACUUGAUUAUGCAACACUGGUUCUCUACCACUAGGUGGAACCAAAUAGCAGUGUUCAUGACUUUCUAUUGUACAAAAUCAAUCCCAUUUAGCCCAGGGUUCCCUAGCAGUAAGUAUACAGAAUGAUGCAAUAGGUUUAUGUUGAAACUUAUUGUUCAUUAUGUUCCUAGGACAAAAUUUCUUUCAAGGCCACAACAGAAUUUUCAGAUGGCACCCCUUUUAUAAUGCCUUUUUGGGGACUGACAUGUCCCCAUCCUUGCUCGACACCUUGUUCACAUGGUACCUAAUGUUGACUUAUCUUCCUGAAGUCCUGAGCCAAUGUGUAGGGAAUUUGUGGAUGCCACUUGUUUCUAAGAAAGGCUUCUUGUGACUGAGGAGCAUAGCAUGUGGUCAAUUCUACUUUAGUAAAGAAACCCAUCAGCAGCGGACUGUAGCCAAAAGGAACAAGUAACGACAAGCUUACAGGAAAUGUAGAGAAGUCGAAAGUAUAAUAUUUGUCUUUGAAAUGUAUUAGAGUGAAAGUUGUAAAUCCUCCAAAACGGAUAAAAAAUACUGAAAUAAAGAUACUCAGAAAAUAUACUUCAGUACUCAGGUAGAUGUACUUUGUUACUGGCCACAUUAUUAUAAAAGUAAGCAACACUGCUGGGUUUUGGAAUUUUAUAAGUUAAUGAGAUCAGUACACUAUAAAAUAAAGAUUUUGAUUCCACCUGAAGAAACUUAAAAGUACUGUCUUUGCCAGACAUUUUCUUCUGUUAAUGAUGUGGUAAUGGCUAAGUAAUCAACUACAGAAGAUGAGAUGCCGUUGCAUAAAUAAAAAUGCUAAAUUCAUGCUGAGUUAUACCAUUUAAUUUUCGUUUGAUAUCAAAGUAUUUUUUAAUUUGAAUAGGAUUAACCCAUUCAUCUGUCCUGAACAAUUGAUACCUAACCAUUAACUAAUUAAUUUAAUACUUAAUGUAUUCACCCAAAAUAUUUUCUCAUUGGCUAGACUAUGUAUUCCCAUUUUUUCACAAGUUCAUAAAUGAUGAUGUCUCUGAUUUGUUUCUUAUAAUUCUCAACACAUAGGUUCUGCUUUAAGAACGCUUGCUGCAUUUUGAAUGAGCGUUGUGCUGCAAACCCUAUUUCGAAAAUGUUGUGCACAGAAUCAGGAAUGUUGUUCAGUUGACUGCUGGAUCAUGCAGGCAACGGCCGCAGGCACUCAGUAGAGCGGGAGGGGCAGCUCUCUGUGGGGUACAAGGAGUUGGCAGACACGGUGCUUUGUCCUUCUUCACUCUCACACUGAUGAGGAUGUAUUGGAAUACGGGCAACAGUUGGAAUGACUUUAGCCUGGGCUUUAUGUAUCGUCAUUGAUUUAGAUGGAUUCCACAAGCUAUUAGUCAGUUUAGAUCGGAGAGGGGCACCCAAGUUUUCUCAAGUGACCGGCUGCUGAUUGAAUCGAUCAUAAUUUCUGGAAGAGAGAUUCCUCUUUUAUCAGCAAGUAGAGUGAGAACUGCAGUCAGGCCAACUCGCUUGCCGAGGAUUAUGCAGAAUUGUCGGUGUGUUCAUUGAGCUGCUGGAGGCAGAAGUAUGGGAAUGGUGCAACCCGGACAGCCUGUCAAAUUCUGCUCGGUCUCUAACAGGAGGAGAAAUCCUAUAGCACUGCACGUCGCGGUACGACAGUGUAAGAUUGGUCAUCGCUAAGGCUUCUGGCAGAGUUUAAGCAGGACAUAACUGUGCCAUGAAGACUGAGAUGUGCAGAGGUAUUAGACCACCAUCUCCUCCCUGCAGACGGAAGCCGCGUUUCUGUCUACGAGGCAGAAUGAAGAAGGACAGGAUGAUUCAAGGCAAGCUUCGCAUCCGUUCUAUGCCCGGAGCAUUCCUGGUUCUGGGGGUUAUUGUGGUAGCUGUUGGCACUGCUCUGGCUGUAGCUGGUUACUGGCCCUAUCGGUUGUCAAGGUCAUCCAUAAUAGAAGAUACAGAACCGGAAAGCAUUUCGGAUCCACAGCCAUCCAGUUGGAGCCUGAGUACCAAGGGGCUCUUUUCUUCAGCCAGCCUCCUCCAUGGUGACCGCAUGAAGCUCCUGGGGCCAGUAAUCAUGGGAGUCGGACUAUUCAUCCUGAUAUGUGCAAACACUGUCCUAUAUGAAAAUAGAGAUAGAGAGACUCAGAUGCUGCUAGCUCAGAUGCGCAAUGUUAUCUGUUCUGUAUCAGCAGCUGUGCCCUCUGCAGGUCUCAGAGACUUGGCAGUAGCCAACUCUAUGACCAAACACUAUCAGUGGGUAAGCAGUCUGCCUGCUGCUCAUCUCAAUAUAAUGUGUCUGCAGCAGCUGGCAUGUUCUGAGCCCCUACUGCAGACCACCUACAUCAGGGAUUCGCAUCCGGAGGAGGGAAAUGUGGAAGGCAUCUACCAGCAAACAGACCUGAAGACAGAAGCUCUGACUCAUCACAAAGAGUCAGAGCCUGUACCCUCACCCCCUUCAACCUUGUGUAAGUCAUGUGAUCACUGCCAGGUAGACGGUAAUUCGCAGACAGGGGAAGAACUGUGGAGCAAACACUGUUUCAAUUUACAGACUGCCCCACUCCUCAAGCUUAAUUUUUGCCUUGUAUCUGCUAGCUCCAUGUCCAACCUUAAGCUGGAAGAAGUGGAUGUUCCAGCUGCCCAACACAGACGUUGUCAGAGUAUGAGCUACAGGACUAAGCCUUACAAAGCCCAAAUUGGGCUGCACUUCGAGAAGGAACUCUUCCCAUGCAAAAAGAACAUUCAGACAAAUCAGCUCCAAAUCAAUAAAAAAGAAAUAAGUUCCCAGGGUUGUGUGAGGAUCCCUGUAGAGACGACAGAUGCAGAAGAGGACCAAACCGGUGGAAGCUGGCCUCGACUAGAACUGGGAAGUGGGAGACGAUACCUGAAACUGGAGAACAAAGAGGACUCUGUGGACAAAUUCCUGAACCAGUUGGAGCAUCAGUGUUCCUACUGGGAUAAGAGUUUUGGCUCUGGGCCAUUCCAGUGACAGAUGUUGGAUUAAAAAAAAACUUGAAAAAUAAUAAAAUGAAAUAUUUUUCUAUUUUUAGUCUUAAAUUAUUUGGGAUUAGAUAAAUGAUGUCAUACAAUAUAGACUAAAUUAUUUACCAGCAGAAUUAUCAAAAAUUACUUUGUUGUGGGUGAAGUGUUGAAGAGCAACUAUGACUUUCUAAUUUGGAUAGAAGUAAUUGAAGCUUUACAUCUUUAAAGAAGAGGAGCAUCACAAACUGCCUGCUGAAGAAAAGUGGAGAUAUUGCUUGCCUUUUCAAUUUGGUUUGGCAGUAAAACAAGAAGCUACAAUUUCUUGCCAAAUGAAUGGGCUUGUUUCCCAUACAAAAAUUGUGCACUGGUAGUAAUGACACGCAGCAGUGUUACUUCUCUAUAAACAUUUCUGAACCAGUUUAUCAGGGCUUAUGAGGCCAUAAAGUGCUGACAGCUCUCAAAAAAUGGAACUACUAUAUAAAAUGGGACAUCUUUUCUUAUGUUUCUAAUGACAAAUGCAAUGCAUGUUACAAUAGGCCACAUAUGCAAACUAAAUGUCAAUGAAAUGUUCUGCUAUUUGUCCAAAAUAAUUGUAACUUUUCUACAACUUGGAUCUUAUUUUCUUGUUUGGCAAAUAUUUAUAUCAGUUCUGAUUACAUUAUUUUGUCUUUUUGUCCUCCCUUAUUGCCAGUUCACAUGGCAUGCUGUACUAAUAACUUGUGACAUCAAUGUUUUGACUUAACUUUGAGCUACUCCUCCAAGUAUGCACUCAUAAUGUAGUUUUCUCGUAACUUGCACUUUGUGAAACUUAUAAUUUUCAACACAUCCAGUAAACGGUGGGAUCUAAGUUCUAUAAAGCAUCUUCUUGAUGUUUAUGGGUAUGAUAAGCUGAAAUGUCUAUACCACAAAGAAGACUUGGCUUCUUCAGGCAUGUUGGUGCUUCAGUAUUUUACACUUAAUUUAAGACUAAGUUUUGAGCAAGCGUUUUUAUUAUUUUUCAUAACUGAAACUAACCAUCAAUGACAUCCUGGACCUCCAGAGCCACCCAAGCCAAACUUUCACCACGUCGCCAGUCGGGGUAGGCUGGUGAACUUCCUGCAUCACCCGGGUUGGUUUCCCUAUUGCACAUCAUGGGCACACCACCAGGAUCACCACUGGCCUUGACCUACAACUUCUCUCAGUCAGAUUGCGACACAACGUGCAUCAUUAGGGUACGCGUCCAAUAUUCAGGUGACCUGGACAUCCAAUACAUUUGCCACAACUGAAUUGAUGGAAUGAGUCUUUCAUGCCUCAGCACGCCCAAUCUGCCAUUGCGGGUAUGUGAAUACAGCAGUCCAUGUAUUGGGAUCAUGUGGAUAGGAGUUCCACCAAUCUCCCAGGCAUCACAGCCAUUUUACACACUCUUAUCUAUGUAGAACCUGUGGCACUUCCUGGACUGAACCCACAGCAAGACUGUGUUUAUUUUUUCUGACCCAUGACAUCCACUAUAAUAAUGAAUAAUAAAGAAAAGUUAGUGUCUUCCACAAACUUGAAGUGAAUGCGAUAAAAUCGCACUUCACUUCAAUUUUAUCGCAUUGAAGUAAAUGCGAUUUUACUGAAGUGAAUUUUAUCGCAUUCACUUCAAUGCGAUCACGCCAUACAUGACGGAAUGGUUGCUAACUGGUUGAAGGCAGCAAUGCAACCUGUGCUGCUAAUCAACACAAAAUCAAUCAAUUCCAUGUCAAACAUACCUCACCAAUUUGUGGUGUCUUCUUAAGCUGUCAACUUCUUGCAUCAAUCAAUAAGUCGUACUGCCUGUUUAUUUGCUGCUUUUCAGCCCCGGAGUCUUCCCAGCAUCACCCCAUUGCUUCCAAGGUCAUGUAUAUAACAAUAUGACUCUCAUUUAAGGGAAUGAUAACUGGCUAUCAUUCCCUUUAAGUGCUGACUUGUUGAACAACAGUCAUGUUGUAGUGUAGUGAUGAGGUUGGAAUGUAGAUGGUAAGCCCAACUUUUUUCAAUAUUUUAUAAUAAAGGUGGACAUAUUUAAACAUGUCCACGUGAGUUGGCUGAACUAUGGAUUUGAAAAUUGUACAGUUAGCUGAAACAGUGGCUCUUAAAGUGAUCCACGAUUAGUUGUAACGAUAGACUUUUAUUGACAAAUAUUUAUUUUACAUGUAAAAACAAUACACGAAUAAUACUGCAGGUUGAAUAGUUUUUAUAAAUUUUAAUCAAAUAUUGUCACACGUACAUCACCAUGUUGUUCACGCUGCUAUACAUUCUGGGUAAAUGAAGUCUACUUGGUGUACUACUUGGUGUAGCUCUGUCCAACCAAAACAGUGAUGAGUAAUGUCAUUAACCCUCUAUGGCAUGACUUUUUAUUUUUGUGGGGAAGAAAUAUUUUCCUGCAUUCUUUGGGAGCUUGGUG